AUGCAGAUAACUGUCACUGACCCUGAUGGACAGGUCUUCGCCCUGGAUCUUACCGGAGAGGCGGAGCUAUCGGCGCUUAAGGACAUCAUUUCAGUAGAGUUCAACAUACCCCCAGAAAGACAGCGGAUUCUACUGGAUGGCGAACCUCUUCGGAACACCGCGAGGACUCUCGCCGAGGCUGGGGUGGGGGAAGGAGCCAUGCUGCUCGUCUUCAAUGAAGCCCCUGCGCCUGCAGCAACAGCCACUUCACCUGUCAUUCCGGGUGUCAUUGCAGAGCGUCUAGGACAGGCACAGCAGCCGCCGAGACCCGCAGCUCAAACAGCACAGCGACAGCAACCUCCUGCCGUCCUGCCCUUUGAUUUUUCAAGCAUCGUCGUGGACGGUGGCCGCGUCGCUCAAUUUCCCUCAGGGGGUACCACUGGACCCCCCCGACGCGUAUCCCCUGCUGCACCUGCUGCCAGCACUACCGCCUCCCUACCUGCAGUUGCGGGGGGUAAUGCUGCCUCGCCCUCUGCACUGAGUACAGAAGAACAAAUAAAAGUGCUGAUACGGCGUCGCGCAGAAGAGGCGGUGGAUGCAGCAGUAGCGGAUCCCUCCUCCCUGAGCAUCAUCCGAGUGCACAAUCCCGUCCUGGGGGAUGCCAUAAAAGCAGCUGCAGAGGAGCGUCAUGCAGAUAGUCAGCACGGAGGGGCAGACGCAGCUCAACAAGGGGAGGGGGGAACAGCGAUGAAGCAGUUGAUGGAACUCCUAGAGAAAGAAUAUGAAGUACAGAGAAAGGCCGAGAGCGAAAGGUUGAGGCGCAUAGAGGCGAUACAGCGCGACCCGCUGUCGCAGGAAGCUCAGCAGUAUUUGCUGGAGGAGCUGCAGCAAGAAAGGAUCAAUGAGAACUAUUCGAUGGCACGAGAGCAUCUGCCUGAGGGGUUUGGAUCUGUGUGUAUGUUGUACAUUGACGUGGAGAUCAAUGGAGUUCCAUGCAAAGCAUUUGUAGACAGCGGAGCGCAGCAGUCAAUUCUGUCCUUAGCAUUUGCAGAGAAGUGCUCCCUCGCGUCUCUCAUAGACAAGCGCUUUGCUGGGUUGGCAAUGGGGGUUGGCAAGGCCCCCAUAAUGGGAAGAGUGCAUGUUGCACCCCUUAAGUUAGGCACGAAGUUUUGCCCGUGCAGUUUUAUUGUUUUGGAGGACACCAAGAUGCAGAUGCUGCUGGGACUAGACAUGCUAAAGCGAUAUCAGAUGGUCAUUGACCUAAAGAAAAACGCCCUGAUUGUGGAAGCUGGACUCGCAAUCUUCAACGACCGCCGCAGCAUCUCGUGCGUCUGCUGCUAA